AUGCUCUUGCAGUACUUUGAAGAUGUUAAAGAUGAAUUAAAAACAAGCAAAGGAUUACACACGGAAGCGUCGGAUUCUGUGAGGGAAUUACAGCAAAAUUACUCGAUUUAUGACAAGGAAAAUUACACAGUAAAUAUGGCUGAAAAGGAGAACGAAAUGCCUGAAGAACAGCAGGAAGAAUUGGCGGAAGUAGAAAAACCAGUAGAAGAAUUCGAAGAUUUUGCAGAGGAUAAGAUUAUGGACGAAAAGAAAGAUGAGGAAGAGGAUAGACGCAUAGAUAAAGACGAGGACGAAAUUACAGAAGAUAUCACUGAAGAUAUCACUGACGUCGAAGACAUCAUUUACGAAGACGAAGAUAAAGACAAGAUUGAAGAUUUACAAAAGGAACCCCCGAUAUUUUCAUUCCCGCCUGACGUCGCAGAAAGUACGCUUUGAUAUCUAUUAUCGGCUUCCCGGUGCGAAAGGAUGCUUUAUUUAACUUCUGAGUUGCCUGUUCACUUU